AUGACAUCCAGCAAUUACUCCAAGCUCUGCGACUUCAGUCUACAGAGGCAUUAUCCGACAAAACGACUCCUCCUGGAUGGUCACGGCUCGCACCACACAAUCGAAUUCAUCACAUAUUGUGAACAACACAAUAUUGUACCCUUUGGCCUUCCACCGAACCUGGCACACUUGCUUCAGACACUUGAUGUUGUAGUAUUUCAGCCAUUGAAGCACUACCACGCAAAGGCUUUAGACCUCAUUGUACGAGACGGCGUUAACAUCUCCAAGCUCGAGUUCUUGGCUGUUAUCAAGGGAGUCCGUCCCCAGGCUUUCAAAGAGAGCACUAUACUCUCUGCAUUCCGGAAGACCGGCAUUGUACCCUUCAACCCCCUGCUAAAAUUAAGUUAA